AUGAGUAUCGGAGCCCCGAUCCUAUCAUCGCGAUCAGGCCUUGUCGAUAGCCUUGCUACUGCUUUGAGGGAUUAUGGAAUCGGUUCAUCACCAGAUGGUCCACCAGAAGAACCAGUCCCGGCUAUUCCUUUGUUCGAUUUUCUACGUAUCGCCUCUGAGUCUGGCCUGCAUCAAUAUCCUGGGGAUAUUGCGGAGCAAGGACUGUUAGCCGCAAGGAUAGGUGAGGGCCUUGACUAUGUUGUAGAUAAAGUCAAAGACUUAGAAGGACGGGUUGUCGUGGUCAAGCAUGUCAAGACUACGGCCUCCCCGGACACAGGAUUCCAGAGCGAGGACAGCUCCCGAAUACGCAAGGUCUUGCAUGAGAUCAAAAUUGCCACUCACCCAGCGCUCAAAAGAAGCACGAAUAUUUUACAAAUGAAGGGGUUUGGCUGGGAGCUUGCUGAAGACGGUCUAGCGAUUCCAUUUCUUGUGGUAGAGUAUGCCGAACAUGGCACUCUACGAAGCUAUCUGCAGCGCAGCACGGUGAGCAUGGAGACUAAAUUCGAUAUGGCUUUCGACGCAGCAAGGGGACUUCAAGCGCUACACGCUCAUCGCAUUGCCCAUGGGGAUCUUAAGCCGGAGAAUGCUUUAGUGGUAUCAACUACUCCUCAGCAUCUAACCUUGAAGAUCACUGACUUCGGAUUCUCGGUAAUCUUAAAGGACGAUCAAACGCACUAUGAGUAUUGGGGAACACCACACUAUCGGCCGCCAGAAGUAUAUCGACAGACCGGAGAUUCUGAGACUGCAGGAUUAAUCCCCGGGUCAGGUUACCGUGCGUGCGAUAUUUACACCUAUGGACUCUUACUCUUGGAACUUCUCAUUGACGGCGAAAAGUAUAUAACCCGUGCAAAGAACCAAGGUCGGCUGGGGGAUCGAGAUUCUGCCUUACUGUGUCUUUUACAGGUGAUGGACAUAGAAUGCGAUGUCCUUCCUCCGCUCAAGAAUAUAGUGGAAAGAUGUCUUCUCAUGGAUCCCGAAGAACGUCCACAAAUUCGAGAGAUUAUUUCACAACUCGAAGAUAUCAGGAGGGAAGUGCCAAUUGAAGAAGAACUCACCCCAUUGGCGUUCCAAGAUUCAACGUCUACAGAGGACACCAAUGAUGUUGUUAAUAUGAAGCAGGUAAUCAUGGAGUACGAAGCCUUCUUUGUGGCUUCCACACUGACGCCGAUGGAGCCGCUUGACUUACUGGUCAGCCUUGAUGAUCAAGAGGAACAGCAACUCCAGAAUAUACUGGUAGCUGAAUCCGACAACCGCGAAGUCAACCCUUUCCGAGUGUUUGACGCGGUAGUGCAAGAAUACUUCUACAGUCAUAACGAGCUUACACUUCAUCAAGCCGCAUAUAUUGGAAACUUACCCCGUCUUGAAGAACUUCUUUGUCAUAUUGAUGACUUCCAGGACGAACACGGCCGUUCUGCGCUGUUCCUCGCUGUUCAAGGCGGCCAUUUGGAUGCAAUAGACGCUCUCCUCCAUUCGGGCCGUAGCGACCCUAGACUUCCAGAUGAAGAUGGCCACACUGUGCUUCAUAUGCUAGUCAUACUAAGCAGCGUAGAAGUCGAGGCUGCUCUAUCGAUGAUUCUUCAAGUGUCUCCCGAGUUAGACUUGAAUGUCUUCUCUUGGUCUCCUCUCGACGCAUCGGAACAUUGGGGCGAAUUACGGGGUGCUCCACUUCAUUGGGCUGUUUUGGCGGGAAACAAGGCGAUGACCUCCUGCUUGGUGAAGGCGGGAGCACGCGUCCAUGGCUGGCCUCCGGAUCUAUGUCCCGUACGCAUCGCCGUUUCUCUGCAUCUUUCUGAAAUUCUUGAGAUACUUCUAUCGGCCAUUCCCACCGGGGUCUCUCUCCACGGAGAAAAUCUGCUAUUUGCAAUAAGCUCUAGCAACCCAUUCCGCAGGUUACUCUUGCACGGGAAGGCUUAUGUCACGGAGAUUGAGAAGACGGUGUCAUUGUUAGCAAGGAUACGCCCCACUGUGGACGCAGACGAACUGUCUGUAAACGACAGCCCUCUGCGCAGACUUCUAGUAGUCAACUUUUCAGACAGCGAUCAGUACAUGGCAAAGGCUUUGAUUGCAUCCGGCACGGACAUUGAUGAGAAAGGCGGCUGGACAUUACUGCAAUCCGCGAUAGUAGGGUGCCAUGGCUCACCUCUGUCUUCGAACUGUCGGAUAGCACUCGAUAUGAUAGACAAUCUGUCAGAUUUCAGGCGGAGAAGCACCUAUUAUAAGCCAGGAUGGGCUGCCUUGCAUUGGGCGGCCGCUGGUGGCAUACUCCCGGUUGUUAGAAAGCUACUUCAAGUUGAUCCUGACUCCAUCAACAUUCGUACCCAAGAGCAGGAAGAUAGGACGCCACUUCACCUCGCAGCGGAGGAUGGUAAGAGCAUUGCAGUAAUCAAGCUUUUGCUCGCCCAUGGAGCUGAUCCCUCUCUAAGUACGUCCGGUCUCAAGCUCACUCCCCUUGGCAGCUUCAUCAGCAGUCAAAGGAGUGAACUCAAUAACGAUAUCCUGAAAUCUUUACUGCACGCAUCAAAACGAACGGGUUACCUAGCAUUGGGUUUUGACAACUGGAAUGUUAUUCACUACGCUGCAGCUCGCGCUGCAGUUCUAGAUAUAGAGUCACUAUCCGGUCACGUUCUUCUACGGACACUUGCCACAUUUCCAGAGAUGAAGAGUCUGAUCGAGUCAACCACUACGCAAGGAUGGACGCCACUUCACCUUGCGAGCUAUUUCGUCGACUAUACGACAAUAAGAUUGCUAGUUGAGGAGUUCAGUGCAUGUGUAUAUGCACGAACAUCGAAAGACGCAUCAGCCUUUGACAUCGUCAUGGAGCGAGCAAGACAUUGUCCUGAUAACCUGCGCGGGGCUGACUCCCUUGUACGAUGGAGCAGACUUGCGUAUCGCUCUGCCCUUUUCUUGAAAUGCAAAUUGGAGGCAGUUGAGGGGCCGUACUAUCUCACGCCGCUUCAUCUUGCUGCAUAUAUGGGAUAUCACGAUGAGGUCGUUAGGCUUGUAAAAGAGAGCCCAAACGUAGUCUCUGAGAUUAAUAGGGAGGGUGAAACGGCUUUUCAGAUGUUGCAAAAUACGUUGCCAACUAAUAUAGAGUCGAGGUGGGCUACUGUGGUGCUGGAUAUGGUGCGUCAAAUCCGUAUAGGAAAAGACUGA